AUGCCAACCCUUGAGUUUGGUUUUCUCCUCUUUUUCUUCAUGUUCCUCACCAUUUACCUCUUCGGCUACUUCAUCAUCUUCCCGAAACGCACUCCCGAGUUUAGGUUCGAGUCAUGCAGCUGCCUCAUCUCCCUCUUCCACGUAGCCCCCGCCGUCAUCACCGGCGCCAUCGCCUUCUUCUUUGCCGGCGACCGCGCCUUCGCCUUCCUCUCUGACCCCAACCUCAUGGCCACCAACACUGCGCUCCAGAACACAGUUCUUGACUUCAGCAUGGCCUUCUUGGUAGCGGACCUGCUGCUGCACUAUGCUGCCACCUUCUCCGGCGCAGCCACUGACAAACUUCUCUACAAGCGCCACGUGAGCACUCUCUUCCUGAUCGUCACAUGCCGCCACCUGGUCCUGCACUGGGCCUUCGCUGUGCCGGUGCUCCUCUUCCUUGCCGAGGUGGCCAACAUGAGCCAGAACCUCUUGAUCCUCGCCGGAGUUCGUCGCCGGAAGGACUUCUUCUCCGCCUGGGUGAACCGCUCGUUUACGACGGUGCGCUCAUCGAUGUGCUGGGUGACGCUUUGGGCCAUGGCCAUAUAUGCGAGCAUUGCGGGGAUUUAUGCUUCUUGGAAACAGCUUCGUGUGGAGGGAGAAAAGGGGAAACCAGAGAAUCUCAAGAAGCAGCAAGAAAUGAAAUCAUGA